UGAACAGCUUGUGGCACCAAUGCGCUGUCAAGUGGGUUCCGAAAAUCUGCUUCAAUAGAAACUAGAGCUAAGUCAGCUAAGAUUGGAUGCGCAUUUUCUUAUCUUACAUGAGAGUGCUUAGACUUUUUCUGCUUUUAAAACUCUCAAAUUGCAUCCCCUCUUUCUGAUUGACAUACACCUUGAAAUCUCCAAAAUUAAUGAUCAAUUAUCAAUCAGCUGAGUAGAUUGCGAUUUUUGAGAGUCCACGAAGUUCUUGAUUCAUACACCCACCUUGCAUUAUAAAUUCUCAAAUGGGAAAAGCGGCGGCUGCCUCAGGUGAGCCUCCCAGAGGAUUGAAAAUUGAAGCUAAUUUAGGCUUUUUUGAGGAUGAACAUGGAGUGCAGGUUCAAGUCGAAACAGUUUUUGUCUUGGCUGUUCACUACCGCUUUGAGAAAUUCGAAGAUAUGGAUCGUACCGAGGCCGAUACCGCAGACAUUGACAACCUCAAAAAAACUUUUGCCGAAAACAGAAAAUGCGAAUUUCGGGAAAUUUCAUACAACAGGGAAAGACUUUUUUCUCUACUCAAAAACGAAGAAGAGUUGCUUAACCUUUUCGAUUCAGACGCGCCACCCGCAGUAUUCUUUUUAUUUGUUUUGUCCCACGGAGGAUGCAACGGCGUCAUUUUCAUCAAUAAAACUGAUUCUGAGAAAUUGGAAGAAUGUAAAACUUCUGAUAUUUUUGACUGUUUGAAAGAAGUGAAGGGUUUCUCCGCAUGUCAAAAAUUUGUAUUUUUUGGACCGUGCAGAGGUCUUCAGGAUGAUUUGAUUCAUAGAGAAUUCCAAGAAAUUGACAAUCGUGACUCGUGCACCGUCUCAUUCUUUCCGAACAUGAACAACUUAGUCGUUGUCUACGCAACAGUUGAAAAAUUUACGUCACAGAAAAAUUGCACCGGAACCUCGCUGGUGCGAAAUGUUUGCAGAGAACUGAACGCAAUGCAGGAAAAUCAAACGAUUGCGCACUUCCUGACUGCCAUAAAAAACAAUGUUCAAAGCGAUGCCCCUCUCCAAGGCGAAUUCAAUCAAACUCCAGAAUCAAAGAUUUUUCUGCAUAGCAGGAAAUUUUUUUUCACGCCUCUUCCAGAAAUACUGAGAAGAGUGGAAAAUGGACCUGACGGCAAGGGAAGCAUAGAAAAUUUGAAAUCCAGAUUGGACGGGUUUUAUUUUCCUUGGAAAAGUAAUGACGGGUUUCUUUAUAAACCGAGACAUGCUGCCAUUCUUUACAGCGACCCAAAAAAUAAAGAUGUUGCGCGACUUGAGUUGGCCCUCAAAGACAAUUUGGGUUUCAACACUAACGUUCAAGAGUUAAACACAAGCAGCUUUAACCGUUGUUGUGAAAACAAUUUGAGUCGGCAUUAUGAAUGCAUGGCAACGUUUUUCUUCACCAAAAUUGCCGAACCCGCAGAAAACGACGAAGUUUGCAUUAUGGUUGACAAUAAAAAGAUGCCUGUCGGUGCCGUGAUUCAUUCAUUUCUUGGGCCGAAAAACGACAAGUGGAUUGGGAAGCCAAAACUCAUUUUUGUAGUGGACCAAGCAAGCAGCUCUGAUGGGAGUGGAUUGCACCAGGAAAUGGAAAGUGUCUCAGCAACCAAUAACAGCGGAUGGCUCUUUUUCUACAUCCGUUCUGAUGAUUUGACUAGUUUCUUCGAAGUUUUUGAGAACAAGGAUCUGCAGAGGAAGCCGAAGAAAAUCGGUCCGAGUUUGCAGGAUUUGCUCGGAAAUUUGCUUAUUGGCCCGCAAACGGAAGGGACUCGAAUCAUGAUGGUUUCCACUUUGCAGUAUUUGCUCGCUUUCCCACGCAGGAACUUUGUGCAUUUCGAUGUUAACUUGACUUCAGAAAGCCUUGGUUACGAGCACAAGCACAUGAACUUCAAAGAACUAGUCGAUCUUGCGAGUCAAAUUGAAAACCGACACCUGCUUUGGCUGAUUUCGGCGCCACCAGGCUCGGGAAAGACGAUGGUGCUGGAGGAAACCAUUUACGAGCUGCAAGCGAAGCUGGACGGCUACGAAGUCAUCAAAAUCACUCGUCAGAAUGUCAAUCGCUACAUAUUGGACACGGAUCUUGCAGAUUUGGAACUCGCGAAGGUUCUCGCAACAGCAGCAGAUUUCACCGAAAAUCACAUCAAGCGUCUCCUUGAAGAAGGAAAAAUUGUCUUGGUGUUCGACGGGUUUGAAGAGAUUUUCUUGAAUACAAUUAAACAAAGAGAGAAAGGACUCAAAAUUGUAGAUGGUGCGGUAGCGCGGAAAAUUCCCAUGUGGAUUUGCACGUGGCCAGGAGAUGAAAGAACAAUCGCUGCCCGUUUUGAAGCUGCGCGUCAAGUGGUCGUCAACAUCAAUCCACUCGAUCGGGAUUUGCAAGUGAAAAUUCUAAAGUUUUAUCAGCCGGAAGCCAGCGAUGAACACAUUGAUCAAUUUCUCAUCAACCUGGAGCAAAUUGGGUGCAGUGACAUUUUGGAAAAUCCUCUUCAUUUGAAGUUACUCGCCCGCCCAGAGAUAAUAAACACUGAAGUUGCAAAUGUGCGCAAUAUUUACGAGACAUUAAUUUCCCACAAAGUCAAAGAAGGACUUGUUCGGAUGGAGAGGCACGAUGACAAUGCUCCAGGCUCUAAAAUGGUGAAAAAACGGCGCAACAAAGAGCUGCAAAAGUUUGCGUUUGACUAUUUAAAUGACAGCCUCAACCUCAGAAACUACAAAGUGAAUCGUGCUGUGACAAACACAGGCAUUGCUACGAUCGAGGACGGACAAGUGAAAUUCAUCAGCGAAUCGAUCGCCACGUUCCUCGCCGCAGAGCAUUUGAGGAACAUGCCAGACAAAGAAACGCUGCAGCAAUUCAUUGACAAACCAAACUUCCAACAUAUGCGCGUGUUUUUUAACUCUGUAAUAUCAACGAAGCGACAAAUCAAAAAUAGUAUGUUGCUUCUUGAACAAACGUGAGCUAACGGAGUUCACCGUAAGUGCCUAUAGCCUCACAUUUUUGGCAAGGGAAAUUGCGUUUCCAGGCAAAACAGUUUUUGUUCCAUAUUAAAUGUAAUGAAAAAUGAAUAUAAUUCAAAUAAAAUUUUGAA